AUGGCCCCGCUGUGGUGGCUGCUGGGCUCGCUGGUGGCCGCGGUGGCGGGGGGGGGGUCGGUGGAGCAGCCCCCCGCCUCCGAGCCCGCCUGCCCCGUGUGCCUGUGGCGGCGGCAGAGCAAAGAGCUGCGGCUGGAGAGCAUCAAGUCGCAGAUCCUGAGCAAGCUGCGGCUGAAGGAAGCGCCCAACAUCACCCGGGAGGUGGUGAAGCAGCUGCUGCCCAAGGCCCCCCCGCUCCAGCAGCUCCUGGACCUCCACGACUUCCAGGGGGACUCGCUGCAGCACGACGAGUACCUGGAGGAGGACGAGUACCACGCCACCACCGAGACCGUCAUCAGCAUGGCCCAGGAAA